CUCUAUAAUGGGAACAGAUACAAGAAAACAAACAAGAUUUUAGAAAUAUUUUGAAUACAGAAUACAGAAUCGAAACUUCACAAAAUUCGUGUGAAAAAUGAAUCCAAGUGAAAUAACAGAGGACCUUCCAAGUCAAGCAAGUGAUACAAGUGACGUUCGACAACUAAAGGUUUAUAAAAGAGAGGCUUAUAAAAGAGUGUUUGUCAACAGAGGACUAUUGCUGGAUUCAGUGAAGUUUUAUGGAUUUGACAUGGAUUACACUAUAGCAGUGUACAAAUCUCCAGAAUAUGAAACCCUAGGAUUUGAUUUGAUCAAGAACAAACUGCUAGAGAUGGGAUACCCUGAACCCAUUGGAGAGUUUGAAUAUGAUCCAACUUUCCCAAUAAGAGGACUAUGGUUUGAUUCUACGUAUGGAAAUCUACUGAAAUGUGAUCCAUUUGGAAACAUCAUGGUCUGUGUUCAUGGUUUCAACUUUAUGAAUAGACAUGAAAUCCACAAAAUCUACCCUAACAAGUUUGUGAACAGAGAGGAUGAUCCUAAUAGGUUUAGAAUAUUCAACACUUUGUAUGAACUACCAGGUAUUUAUAUACUUGCAUGUAUAGUAGAUUUCUUUUCCAACCAUGAAGAUUUUAAAAAGGUUGACAAUGGUGUGAAAUCAGGUGAUAUAACUAUGACUUACAUGUCUAUAUACCAAGAUGUGCUAGCUGCUACAGAUUAUGUCCAUACGAAAACAGGCCCUUUGAAAACAGAAACAGCAAAGAAUUUAGAGAAAUAUGUGAUAAAAGAUGACAGAUUACCAGUUCUUUUAGACAGAAUGAGGUUACAUGGAUCUAAAGUAUUUUUAGCAACAAAUAGUGAUUACACAUACACAAAUAAAGUAAUGAAAUAUCUUCUUGAUUAUGAUGAAAAGAGAGAUUGGACUGACUAUUUUGACUACAUUGUGGUAGAUGCUAGAAAACCUUUAUUCUUUGAAGGAGGAACUAUUCUACGUGAAGUUGUUAGAGACACAGGAAAAUUACAGAUAGGUUCACAUACAGGACCAAUUAAAUCUGGAAAAAUCUAUUCUGGAGGUUCUGUUGAUGUGUUUUCUGAUAUCAUGGGAGUUUUAGACAAGGAAGUACUUUAUAUAGGAGACCAUAUAUUUGGGGACAUUUUGAAAUCCAAGAAGAUGAGAGGUUGGAGAACAUUCCUUAUUGUACCAGAAUUAGCACAUGAACUGAGAGUAUGGACAGAAAAACAGGACUACUUUACACAGUUAGAAGACUUUGAUGCUAAUAUAGGGGAAAUAUAUAGAAAUUUAGAUAGCAGUUCCAAUAAAAAGCCUGACAUUAGUAAUAUCCAGAAGGCCAUUAGGGAUGUAACUCAUCACAUGGACAUGGCCUAUGGCAUGCUUGGAAGUCUCUUUAGAAGUGGUUCUCGACAGACGUUUUUUGGUAACCAAGUGAUGAGAUAUGCUGAUCUGUAUGCUGCUUCUUUCCUCAAUCUGCUUCAUUAUCCAUUUUCCUAUGUAUUUAGGUCACCAGCUAUGUUGAUGCCUCAUGAGUCAACAGUUCGACAUGAGGACAGAUUACCAGAGGAAGCAGAGGUGAUGGCCAGUCGCUCCAGAGACUUCAAACAGGCUGAAGAAAGGAGGAAGAGACUACAGAGAUCAGAUAGUACUGUACCUCAUCUGUAUGCAAACACACCUCACCAGCUUACACAAAUAAUGGAUGAUGAAGAAAGCUUAUCAGAUUAAAACUGGAAAAAAAUCUGAAAAUAAAAUUAUUAUAUUAGAGGUAGAUAAGGCAAACCCUGUUUUUUCUCUUCCAAAGCCAUUAGGGCAAAAUAUAAUUAUCUCUAGUAUAAUUCAAUGUGAAACAUAUCAUUUUACAAAUCUCAGCUUCCUCAAUAAUUCCAGAUACUGUUUUAAGAUCAUAUUGCCAUGUUGUUUACAAAUGAAAUUACCAGUAAUGUUUAAUGUUCUUUUCUUUUAAUUAAUGUAUCUUUUUUUAUUCAUAGCAUAAUACUAUUUACCAAUAUAUUUUUUGUAACAUAUAUACCAAUAUCCUUAUAAAGCUUACCAUUAUAUUGUAUGAGCUUUUUAUAUUGCUAUGAUGUGAGUUGCAGUAUAUUGUAUUGUUUGCUAUCUGGCUACAGUUUUUGGAAGAUAAUGAAUGAUGUUUCCUAUUAAAAAAAACUGGGAAAAAAAUUAAACUUCAGAAAAAGAAUUAUAUUUAGUUCGAUAUACAUACAUGCCAUAAAAAUUAAGCAAACAAAUUGAAAUUUUUUAUUUAAAUUAUUUAUUUUUUUUAUAUAUUUUUGAAAAUGUCUUAACUUAUUUUUUAUGUUUUAACCCAUUUGUGUUUUGUUAUUUAUGAAAAAAAAUGUAUGACUUUUAUGACGUGCCAACAUGAUAUGGACUGAAAUUCCUUACCAAUGGUUGAUGAAGUUUAUUUUGUUAUAUUGUUACUUCCCUUUCUACAAAUCAUGUAAUCCGUAAUUGUUUUGAAAUACUUGUUUUUUUCUAUUAAUGACUUGAAUGAAUUUUCAAAUUCUAAAUAAUAUAGCUUUGCAUCUGCAUCUAAUAAAGUUUAAAAUUGUUUUUUUUCCUUCAAUUUUUGAUAAUUUAAAAAACAGUAGGGGAGACAAUAGCUUUCUUUUCAAAGUAAUUUCAAUUAUAAGAAUAUUUCUACCUCGUCAUAAGGGACCAAAGAUUAAGUAAAGAAAUGCUUAUCAAGUUAUUUUUUGUUUGUUUUCUGAAAUAAGUGAUAUUGUUUCCUGAUACUUCAUAUCAUAUAUUUAUUAGCUUAGUGGUUGAAAUAGAAUUUCAUAUUUUAUAAAUUUAGUAUACUUUAGUCUUUGUGAUCAUGUAUAUGUUUUUUACUACGCAGUGUUUUCCUUCUUUAUUUGCAUUUUAAUGUUAACCAAUGGUUUGUCUCAGGUUUUCAAGAAAUUGUUGCCAUUUUUGAAGAAUGAAAUGUCCUUUAUUGUUUUUGUUGUUAUGGUGAAUGUGAUAAUAGACUAGAGAAAAAGGUUAUGAUUGUGUAUAAAAACAAGUCAUCUCUUUUGAAAGCUCAUAUAUGAUGGCUUUUUUUGCCCAACAAUACUGGUACAAAUUGUCUUAGUGUUCAUUUUUGUCAAGUAUAAACAAUGGCUUGUUCAGGGUCUUAGUUGUUUCUUGAAAUAUUAAAUUACAUGUUGACUUUAAGAAAUAUAUCAAUUUUACUACCAUAAAUAUUUGGAUCUAGGCCCAAUCUAAUAUGAAAACUUGACAACUUGUUUGGAAUACAAAUAUUUCUAGAUGUAUAAGUGAUAUAAAUUUUACUCCUAAGAUGUGUAAAUAUGAAUGGUGUGGACUGUUAUCUUAGAAACUUUGGAAUAUCAUUAACAAACAUUUUUCUCAAUUAUUGUGAUUUUUGUCGAGCCUUCGACUUUAGUCGAAAAAGUGAGACUAAGCGAUCCUACAUUCCGUCGGCGUCGGCGGCGUCAACAAAUAUUCACUCUGUGGUUAAAGUUUU